CCACGUUUGACACAAAGCGGGGCCAUCUUGGUAAGGUCGCCGAUACUUAGUGCUGCGUGUCGAAGAACGAUAUGAGCUAGAUUCCUUCAUUACGAACAAAAUGAUGUGUCGACUUUUUUGAAACAGAAUUGUAUGCAUUUUAAGUUAUAUCAAAAUGCAACCCAUGACUGGUUUUAUUUUAUUUAUUUUAACCGCCGGCUUGAUAAUUCUGCCUAACUCGAUAAGGUUAGCUAGGUAACUCGGCUAGCAGCAGUGUUUGUUUGCGAGUUAUGCAGUUUUAGUCAGCGAAAUUAAAUGUCAGCUGAAGUGUCGAACCUGUUUAAACAAAAGAAGGAGGACAAACCGACAUGUCGCUUAGAAAAGAAGUAUUUCAGGCAAAAGUCCUGCAGAGACUCUACCCCGCUGCCCGAGAGGUAGAAAAAGUGCUCGAGAUGCCUGUCCAUCAUCCCCAAGGUGUUCAACUGAAACCAAGCAAAGUGACUGGUCAUGUAGGAGUACCUGCUGUAUCAGGCAGGAAGGUGUACACAGUCCUCCCUCCUCCUAAAGACUACGUUCCUGCCAGUGGAGAUGGAUUGUGGUCGCCUACAGAUGCACAGCUUGUCAAUAAUGCAGAUGAGAUGCCUGCCGAUCUUUCAGGAUCGGAAGACCGCGAUGCCGAUGAAGACGACGGCCGUGCGAGCAUUAAGAGGAAGCGAAGGAGGAAGAGAAAGGCAGCUACAGUCUCCGAAGGGAAUACGCCUAGCGCCGCCGCUGACGACGACAAAGCCGAAGACGCUGAGGAGAGAAGUAAAGGGAACGCCGAGGGCUCGGAGUGCCUCAGCAAAAACAAGAGGAGGAAGAUGAAGAAGAAGAGGCACAAGGAGAAGCUGCUCGCACUUGGCCUCGUGCCCCGGUCCACGGCCGUCGAGUUCACUUACAAAGAAAGUGAGGGAAAAGAAGAGGAAGAGGAUGGACAUAAGAAGGUGGAAGAGGUUCUGGACUUCCUUCAUUCUACACGAGAUCUCUACCUGUCCGAUCGCUCCCGCAGUACAGGCGACCCGUCCGUCUUUCUCAGUGCGACGGAGUCGCUCUCGGCUCGUCUGUCCGACGGUACGUCGCCCCCUGCUGUUCUGUCCGUGCUGUGUCGGCUCGGAGCGCUGCUGCGUCGGAGGGAGGUGGAGGAGUUACACACCGUGCUGCAGGAGUUCACACACACUACAACACUGCCUGAAGAUGAGACUGAAGUGAUCUGCACUCUAUUCCACUACUGGAUAACUGAAGUUCUUCCUGUGCAAACGGAUCAGUUGACGUGACCACGGUAUACACACUGCAGUUCUGCAGUUCAACUCCUGAUCCAGCUCUCAUGUGGGAGGAGGAAGCCAUUUUCUUUGAGGGCAGUUGUAUGAAUGAAUGUCGUACCGCGUUUACCGCCAUCACUGUUUACGCAUUUGGUGGUUUCAAGACUACAAAGAUCUAGUUUUGUUCAAUGUCCCAAACAGUGGACUAUUCCUUACAUCCCAGAAACCAUCAAAAUGCAUUAUGGGUGGUUCUAAAAGUGGGGCUGGUGAAGGAUUUAAAUGACUUUAACGCAAAGCGAUAUACAGUCGAGAACGGAUAUAACUGGGGGCUAUAUGAAGCGUCUUGCUCAAGGGACCAAGUGUGGCAGCUUGGUGGUGCUGGGAUUUGAACUUGUGACCAGUAGCCCAGUGCCUUCACGACUAAUCCAUCAGUUCCUGAAGCAUAGCCAGGGGGUCUGUGAUGUUUUUAAAAACUUUUUUACAGUUCUGGUGAACACAACCCUUUAUCAUAAAACCUCAAUAACUCCAAAACGACCAGGCUUAGAAGUAAUUUCAAAUAGGUUUUCAGACAGGUUAUGUGGCUGGCUUAUACACCUAGCUUGUACUAGUACUAAUGCCGAGCCACCUGCUUCUCCGAUGGAGUAAAUUACGCAUAUGCGUGGAAAACCAGCUCUAUGAGGUUCGGCUCGACUGUGAAGUAGUCCCUCGAUGAGCAAGAGCAAGUGACUGCAUGUGUAAUGGCCGCCUUGCAAACAGAAACGCCUCCGUAAAAGUCUCGGUUUUAAAUUUUAGUUAUGGACCGAGUUGAACUGAAUAAAACUUUCACAAUAAC